ACUUGAAAAGUGAAGUAAAUUGAAUUUUUAUUAUUAAUCUUCUGUUCUCUACAACUUGGUAUAUUUUAUUUUGAAGAGGUGAAUUUAUUUCAGUUUUUUUUUGCUGGGAUUUCAAACGAGGAAAUUUAUAAUUGCUGUAAUUGGGAAGCUUGUAUUUAAUCAAGAAAAUAUGACUUCAACGGUUGUUGAAACAGUCCCAGUUUUUUACUGCAAAUUACGACGCGAUAAUGGACUUAAUGAAACAACUUCAUUUUUAAAUGGGAUCCAUAAAGGACCUGAUCCCUUAUGUGGAACUAGAGGAGCUGCUGGUAGUGGUGCAAACGGUGGGGCUAAUGGUGGAGUUAAUGGUGGAGCUAAUGGUGGAGCUAAUGGUGGAGCCUCUGCUGCACCAGCACCUCUUCCCGCCGGAUAUUGCGGAGCUAAAGGAGGUCCAGAACAAGGCCGAUUUUUACGACUUAUCAUCAGAGUUCGAGAACCGGUUGCUGAUUAUUUAGAAAAACAUGGUUUACCAAAAAAUGCGAGAUGUUCCUUUAUAAGUUUGUUAACAUCACUAAUUCAAAGAGCUUAUGCUGCUGGAGUAACAAUCUUAUUGAUGCUAUACAAUCUAUUCCCUCUUUUAGAUGGAGGUGUGUAUCUACUCCGGUUUAUUUUGGAUAAAUUGUUGGAAAUUUGCCAAACAAGAGAUAUAGCUGAAAAAAUUUUAAAGGGGAUUCUGUUCUUGGGCGAAUUGGUUGUUUUAACUCUUUUAGUGAUGUUCAUUUUUGGCCUAAUAGUAAUGCCUGUCCUCUCUUUGGCUUCUUACAUCUUGCAUAAAUUUAUAGGAAUUGCGACAAGUGGUGGUGGUUAAAAAAGAAAACACUUUGAAAUCACAACUUUUAAAUUAUCUGUUGUAUUUUGGUUAUAAUAAAAAAAUCAUG